AUGACGACUCCUGGCGUCCCUGUCGACCUGUAUUCGUACUGCCUGCUCCUGCAGAGCGAAAUUACUCGCCUCACCGACCGUCUUGAGUAUGGUACGCCUGCUCCACCCCCUGCUCCCCCUUCCCCUGGUCCUACAUUCCACGGUGUCUGGGACGGCAGUCGCUGGGUUCUUCCAACAAUCCCGGCCCCUACCCCUGCCGUCAUCGCUGCGGCCCACACUUCCAUACCACUUGCUGAAACCUUCCCCCCUACUGCGCCCGACACUGUCACGCGCUUCUCUUGUACGCUUGUGGUGCCUGACUCGGCUGUCGGGCAUAUCGUGGGUCGUGGCGGCAAGGGUCUCCACCAAGCUCAUGACACUUCUGGUGCUCAGUUGCGCCAAAUUGGUGAAGCGCUUAUUGCGCUUGGGAAACGGUUCAUGCGUAAGCGUGUCCGUGCGAAGAAGCAACGUCAGCCACCGUCUGCUGAGGGACCUGCUCCCCCUCCUCCUGUCGCGCCUGUGCCUGCGUCCCACGCCACUAAGAUGGAUGUCGACCGUGCUCCGCACCGCUCGUCCACUGUGCCCCGUGGCCAGUCUCAGGUGCCCCGCGCCCCCACUGCCGCACGUCCUGCCGCUCAUCCGAGGGCUUCGACUGCCGCCCGGCGGGCCAGCUGGGCAUUCGCGACUGUCUUCUCCCCUCUUCCCGUCUACCCUACCCCCGUCAGCCCCGCCGCCGCCACUACCCAACCUAUACGGGCCGCGGCUUCCACUCUCCCUACUCCCCAGCCUAACCCUACUCCCUUCGCACCCUCGGUGGCUAUGGGAACUCCGUCGACGUUUACCCGAGUCUCGCAUACCCAAGGCGCCUCUCCCAUGCGGAUGGAUACCAGUGUGGCUUCCACUCCCAUGCAGAUUGACGCGGUAGCGCACGGUCGGCAGCGCAAUCGACAGACGGCCCAACGAGGGGCGUACCUGCGCAAUCAUCGCGUGUUAUAG